UGUUGCGAGCAUGUAAAUCUGUGAUUGGAUAGAGACGUUGAAAUGGUACCUUUUGUCCGAGGAGGUGCUCGAGGCUAGAACUUGGCAGUAGCGUGAUGAUGGGAUGCUUUGACAACACCUCCACAUCAUGCGGAAAGCGCCUCUUUACUGAUGGACUCCUGAUGUCUCAUAUUUCUCCAGCUACAAAAAUUCAACCGCCGUUCAUCUGCACACACACAUACCAACGCGUCACGUCCACAACACCACACUCGCAGUGCACAAUCCGCACCACACACCAAGUACCACGACAACCUGCUGCUCCAGCCCUUUCAUACAAGGACCAGAGCAAGCCCUACACCCCACAACCAAUUCCCUCUGUAAACCCCCCAAAAAAUAGUCUCCCGCCUCGCUCGAUCCGCUGCCUCAAUCAGCAGACCUUGAGCUGGAUGCACACGAAGUCCCUCCCUCCCUCCCCUUUUUCCCUUCCGGGGGUUAGAGUGGAGGGGAGGAGGGGUUUCGGCGCUGUACGCAGACAAGAAGAUAGACCACUUGCGACGAUUUUUGAGUACGGAGCCCCCUUGAUUCCAUGUGGAGGUCUGCGUAAUUUAUCUGUCGGGACAUUAUAUAUUUUUGUUCAUGAACUGGUGUGAUUUGUUGUGUGAUGCUUGAAGGUUAUGUGGAUGUCUUGUCUUGUCAUGUCUUGGUUACGGAAGUGGGUGGGAUAGAUACGGGAGGAUAUGUAAUGUGAUUCAGAA